UCAUUCAAAAAAACAAAAAUGUCUGAGAAUAGCACAAGGAAGUGAAGACCUGUGUGUGCCGAGGUAGAAACUGCGUAUAUGCGUACAUUAAUGUGACUGUGUAUUAAACUGGACUGGACAUGUCUGUGCUCAGAUCUGGACACACUCUGAUACUGCUGCUGCUGCUGCUGGGAACUUCUUUCGGUGUACCCAGGUCAUUCUCCGUGGACUACCAGAACAACUGCUUCAGGAAAGAUGGGGAAAUGUUUCGGUACAUAUCAGGAAGUAUCCAUUACAGCAGAAUCCCCAGAGUCUACUGGAAAGACCGACUGCUCAAGAUGUACCUGGCAGGACUGAACGCCAUCCAGACAUACAUCCCCUGGAACUACCACGAGGAAACUCCAGGCCAGUACAACUUCAGUGGAGACAGAGACCUGGAGUAUUUUCUUCAGCUGGCUCAGGACAUCGGUUUCCCGGUCAUCCUUCGACCCGGGCCCUACAUCUGUGCAGAGUGGGACAUGGGGGGGCUGCCUGCUUGGCUUCUCAACAAGAAGAACAUUGUGUUGCGGUCCUCAGAUCCAGAUUAUGUUGCAGCAGUUGAUAAGUGGAUGGGGAAGAUACUGCCAAUGAUUAAACCAUUCCUGUAUCAGAACGGGGGUCCGAUCAUCACUGUGCAGGUGGAGAAUGAAUACGGCAGCUAUUUUGCCUGUGACUAUAACUACAUGCGUCACCUCACCAAGUUGUUCCGAUCACACCUGGGGGAUGAUGUGGUUCUCUUCACCACGGAUGGCGCUGGACUUGGAUACUUAAAGUGUGGCUCUAUCCAAGGCCUCUAUGCCACUGUGGAUUUUGGGCCCGGUGCAAAUGUAACUGCUGCCUUUAAUGCACAGAGACACGUUGAACCUCAAGGACCUUUGGUGAACUCUGAGUUCUACACCGGUUGGCUGGACCACUGGGGGUCACGUCACUCCGUUGUGUCGACUGCUGCCGUCACCAAAUCCCUCAAUCAGAUCCUCUUCCUCGGAGCGAACGUCAACUUGUACAUGUUCAUAGGAGGAACGAAUUUUGGAUACUGGAAUGGUGCCAAUGAACCGUACAGUCCUCAGCCGACGAGCUAUGACUACGACGCCCCGCUGAGCGAAGCAGGAGAUCUCACCGAGAAGUACUUCGCAAUCCGAGAAGUGAUCAAAAUGUAUCGUAAAAUACCACAGGGACCGAUUCCACCAACGACUCCUAAGUACUCAUACGGGGCUGUGGUGAUGAAGAAGUUGGAGACGGUAUCAGACGCACUAGAAAAGCUGUCUCUCUCUGGAGCUGUCAAAAGCGUUUACCCCCAGACCUUCCUAGAACUGAACCAGGUCUUCGGUUACGUGCUCUACAGGACAAAACUGCCAGUGAACUGCAGUAAACCAACUCCACUGUCGUCUCCACUGAAUGGAGUUCACGACAGAGCGUAUGUGUCUGUGGACGGGGUGGCUGCAGGGAUUCUUGAAAGAAACAAAGCCUUAACUAUGAAUGUGACGGGGAAGGCUGGCAGUCAGCUGGACGUACUGGUGGAAAAUAUGGGUCGAAUCAACUAUGGAAGAGGAAUCAAUGACUUCAAGGGUUUGGUGUCUAACCUGACUCUGGGGGCCGAUGUGCUCACUGGUUGGACCAUGUACAGUCUCAGUAUCGAUGAAGCCGUCAGUCAGGGCGUCCUCGGGAAGUUCACCACACCACACCCACCUCAGCCUGCUACACUCGCCCCUCCAACCUUCUACCAGGGAAGUUUCAUCAUUCCUGACGGCAUCCCAGACCUUCCUCAGGACACAUACAUCCAACUGCCACAAUGGAACAAGGGGCAAGUGUGGAUUAAUGGCUUCAACUUGGGACGUUAUUGGCCGAGCCGAGGCCCUCAGGUGACUCUUUUUGUUCCAGCCAGCAUCCUGACCACAGCCGUACCCAACAACAUCACUGUCCUGGAGCUGGAGGCUGCUCCCUGCAGCUCCGGGCCGUGCACUGUGGAGUUCACCAGCACCCCUGUGCUGAACGCAACUGUCUCAUCUGCCUAUAAACAGCACUGGAGACUCUUCUCAAAGGAUUUGUCGUGAUAAGGAAUCUCACUGCUGCACAAAAAAAAAAUGCAAUUUGCACAUCUGUCAGUGAUGUAAAAAACAAAUCAUCUCUUGCUGUAUGAACAAAGUGUAGCUGUAAUAAGCUGCAAUAAGUGGAAGGAGGGUAACUUGGGGUAUAAGUCUGUCUUUUUAAAAGGUGAAGUAAUAAGUUUUUAACAAAUAGGCCUUCUGUGUUAAAUUAUCACAUCACCUGUGAGUAUCUCUACCUCACUGAUUCUGCAGGACAUUUACUAACAGCCUUUUUUCUCUUCACAAAGAGAUUAUUGCUUGUUGUAGUGCACAUCACAGCAGCCUGUAAUUUAUAUCUUUUUUUUUUUUUUUAAUCUUAAAGGAUUCAGGGAAUGUAGACUCUAUGGCACCACAAUGGAAUGAUGGUUUGUUGUAAACUUUUAACCUUUUUGAUUUUACCACAUGCCUUUUAAUGUAUAAGAAAUUUAAUAAAGAUUUUAAGUCAAA